AUGUCUUCUCAAGACAACAACGACAACAUGUUUGAAGAAGAGGUUGAAGGAGAAGAAGAAGAACCUCGACAAACUACUGCAACUAGUGGCUCUAAAAGGCAAAAAAGCGGCACAACUGCUAAAUCAACCUCUGAUUCUCCUUUGGUGAAAGUAAGGAAACAAAUGGCUCCAAGAUCGGAUGUGUGGGCUCAUUUCAUUAAACAGAUUGUUGAUCCCAAGCUGGCCAAUUGUCGAUAUUGUGGAGCAGAGAUAGGGUGUGACACAAAGACGAAUGGAACAAGUACUAUGAGAGGUCACAUAACAAGAUGUAAGUUGUUCAAAGCUCAUGAAGAGGCAGGAAGUCAAAAGGUUCUAAGUAGUGAUCCUAGUGGUGUCAUGACAACUACCAUGAAGUAUGACAAAGAACUGUUUCGAAGAUCAGUCAAUGAAAUGAUAGUGUUAAAUGAGCUGCCAUUCUCCUUUGUUGAAUCAGAGGGCUUUAGACGAUUUUGCUUUAAUUUGCUGCCAUGUUAUCAUGUUCACUGCCGAAGGACAGCGACGAAGGAUAUCUUUGCAAUGUUUUUGCAAGAAAAAGUUGCUUUGAAGAAGCUGUUCACAAGUGAGAAGAAGAGGAUAUCUCUCACUACAGACAUUAGGGUAGCUCCUACGACCUCAUGUAGUUACAUGGUUGUAACAGCACAUUGGAUCGAUGCAAAUUGGGUUAUGCAAAAGAGGAUCAUCAAUUUCAAGCCCGUCAUAGACCAUAAAGGGGAAACAAUUGCAUCACACCUUGUCCAAUGCUUAGAAGAAUGGGGGAUUGAGAAAGUAUUCACUGUAACGGUUGACAAUGCGAAAGAAAAUGACAAAGCUCUACGGUUAUUCAUGGAUGCUUUGAGGCUGAAGGAAGCGCAUGUGAGACAGAGUAUUGUUGCCAUUCGAAAUGCGGUGAAGUAUGUGCGGUCAUCUAGUACAAGGUAUAAAUCAUUUGAAUUGCGUGUCGAGACUGGAAAUGUGUCUAGAGGCAGCUUGUGUCUGGAUGUUGUCACUCGAUGGAAUUCAACCUAUCUUAUGUUGAGUGCUGCACUUAAGCUACGGGUUGCUUUCCAGAAGAUGCUAGAAGAAGACAUGCCAUACAAUGAAUACUUCCUUGAGCAUGAAACAGAUGAGGAUGGAGUCGUGAGGGAGUUACCGCCACAAAAACGGAUUGGACCACCAUCUAAUGCAGAUUGGGAAGAAGUGGGAAAGAUGGUAAAGUUUCUGAAAAUCUUUUUCAACUGCACAUUAGCGUUUUCAGCUUCUAAAUCCGUGACUUCCAGCAUGUGUUACAAUGAGAUUUUCAUUGUGGAGAAGAAUUUGAUCGCACUAAGCACCCACAAUGAUGAAAGAGUAAGGAACCAAGCAGGAAGUAUGAGGGCUAAGUUUGACAAAUAUUGGGAUGGCAUUUUGAAUAUGAAUCCACUAGUGAUUAUUGCAAGUGUGAUGGAUCCAAGAAACAAGAUGCAGUUUGCUACUAUUUGUAUUGACAAACUCUAUGGAAAAAAUACCAUAGGCCAAGUGAGACCCCUGGAUCAAGAAGUGGACAUACAGAGUUUGACCAGCCAAGUGUUGUCUUUGAUCUAUCUGAUGAUGAUGAGUAUGAUAGGUCUAAUGAAGUUUACAUGGAGAUGGACAAUGAAGUUGGAAAUGAAGAACUAUGUUGUGAGCUUGACAUCUACUUGCUGGAGAAAGUUGUGA